AACUAAGAAAAGUCGUGAUAUAUAACAACAAACAAACAACAAUGGCUUCCAUUAUGCAGCUUGCUCUCCUCUUCCUCGUUUCUUCUUCCCUGAUGUUCGGGAUGGGUGCGGCGGAGUGCAACGGGCACAACGUGUGUUCGCCGUUCGAGAUGCCGCCCUGCGGCGACGGGAGUGGCUGCCGGUGCAUCCCCUGGGGACUGGUCGCCGGCCAGUGCAUUCACCCCACUUCGUUGGCCCUCCCGGAGGUGGCGAAGAAGAUGGAGGCCCACCCCAACCUGUGUCUGUCCAACUUGGAGUGCCUCAAGAAGGGAAGCGGCAACUUCUGCGCCCGCUUCCCCAACCCCCACGUCGAGCACGGCUGGUGCAUCGACUCCGCCGCCGCUCUCUCUGCUUUCUUCAACCUCAAUACCACGGCGGCAUAAUUAUUGUUUGUGCUUGGCUGUGAUGGCUACGCACUACCUCUUCUAAACUUAGCUGGAAUAAAUGUGUGAGAGAGUGUGUGUGUGUGCGCGUAUUUGCUUGCUAAAUAAAUGUCUUCUUUAUUUCGUGAAUAAAUGUUUUCUUUGUUGGGCAUUGGGCAAUGAUCUUUUAAAAUCAAUUGGUGCUAGAAGAAAUGCAUACUCUAAUC